AUGGCCACCAACAAAGCUGGCUCAUCGUUUUAUAGCUACACUGUUGCGCCUCAUCUAGCAGAGGAAUUCGACGUGCCCAUCUCUGACUUUGCCAUCGCGCACCCCCAGCACACCCACUAUGUUCUUGGAGCCUUUAUAUUCACACACCGCCUACCGGCAUCGUCAGCCUCUCGUCUUGCAAAAGAAGAGCACCUGUCAAAGCCCACUUCCAAACCAGAAAGCCAACCGCUCAUGCUAAUCAUCCAACGCGCCAUCACAGACUCAUGGGGUGGCUAUUGGGAUUUCCCCGGCGGAUCGCUAGAGCCCACUGACCAGACCCUGCUGGACGGCGUGGCGCGCGAAGUCUUUGAGGAGACGGGUUUCCAUGUGCGCAAAAUCCGGGAAUUGGUACGAGUCGACGCGUGGACGGUGCACAAACGCGGGGUAAAUCAUCGAGUUGCUAAAUUUACGUUUGUGGUUGAUGUGCAUGAGUCGGUUGAUACGCCGGAGUGGGAGGAGAAAGUGCGCUUGUCUCCGGCGGAGCAUAUGAAAUGGCUGUGGGUGACUGAGGAGGAGAUCAGGGAGAGCGCUAGGGUGAUGAGGGAGGUGAGAGAGGGCAAUCCUGGCAGGAUCGUUGAAGAGACUGCUCCGUAUGCGUUUGUGGGUAUUCAGGGCGAAACGGCGUGGGAGGGAUUCAAGACGUAUCUCAGACUUUUGGGAAGAGAAGUUGGUAGAGCAGGAGAUGAUGCUGCAAAGGUGUAA